UCCUCAGCCCUUCUCCAUUCCAGGAAAAGUCCCCGCAGAGAAAGCAACGUCUGGCUGAAAGUGCCCGGGAGGCAGAACCUGCUUUCUGCCAGGGAGCGCGGUGGCGGGGCUGCGCGCAGGCACCAUGAGCAUGGCCUGGACGCUGGUGAGAUCCGCGCUGCUGCUGCUGCUGCUGGCCGCGCCCCCUGCCUGGCCCGCGCCCCCCACCUGCUACUCCCGGAUGCUGUCCCUGAGCCGGGAGGUCACCGGGGACUUUCAGAGACUGCUGGCCGCAGAGUCCCAGGAGCCAUGUGUGAGAUACCUGCCCAAGCUGUAUCUGGACAUACAUAACUACUGUGUGCUGGCCAAGCUGCGGGAUUUUGUGGCCUCUCCCCAGUGCUGGAAAAUGGCCCAGGCUGAUGCUCUGAAGGAGAAAGUGAGGAAGCUGUACACCAUCAUGAACUUGUACUGCAGGAGGGAUUUGGUAUUCCUGUCAGAUGACUGCGGUGCCUUGGAAUACCCAAUCCCAGUGACCACGAUCCUGCCAGAUCAUCAGCGCUAAAGCUGCCCAGACCAGAGAAGGACCCUGGAAGAAUCGCAGUCGCAUCGGUGGCCCAGACAGAGCUGGAGCCACGCCCCCCGUUUCUGUGUGGCUGUAGCACCUGACAGAGCUGGAGCCACGCCCCCCGUUUCUGUGUGGCUGUAGCACCUGACAGAGCUGGAGCCACGCCCCCCGUUUCUGUGUGGCUGUAGCACCUGACAGAGCUGGAGCCACGCCCCCCGUUUCUGUGUGGCUGUAGCACCUGACAGAGCUGGAGCCACGUCCCCCGUUUCUGUGUGGCUGUAGCACCUGACGCUACUCCCUGUCUACCCAGGGUCGCAGGCUGGAGCUUCUACCCAGUACCUUCCUCAGAGCUAGAGUCAGAAGCCUUGCUUCUCACUCCCUUGAGUUAUGUACUGCCAGGGUGGUCAGAUACACAAAUGUGUCAGUUUAGUCACUAAAAAGAAAAAGGCUAACCGGCUUCUCUUUUAUAAAUAACUAGGUUGAGAACAAACAAAAUAGUGUGUUUUUAUGAUUAGUUUAACCAAGUAAUGGUACUAUUUUUCUUUCUUGAUAGGAACCUGCUUAUCCUUUACUAAGCUUCUAUUAUACCUUCUCCUAAGGCAAACUUUCCUGUCUUUCAUUUAAAAAAAGUUACUCCUUUUAGGAUAUAUUUGCUGACAGGAACCACUCUUUCUUUGAAAGGUGAUAAAAAUCAAAUAAAGAAUAUCUUCAUGGUG